UCACAGCGUGACCCGGGAGACGGCGAUGCGGACGGGCACACUGCGCUCCUUGAAGGCGGUGGUGAUGAAGCAGCCGAAGGAUGUUCCUGUUCGUUUCCACUUUGCUACAGGUGCUCAGUAUGUCAAUCUUCUUGCCUAGAAAUCUCCUUCAGUAGCUGGGCUUGUUGCUGGAAUCCUUUUUCUUUGCCGGAUUGCGUGGUGAUCUCACGCUGUUAGCAGGCUGAGGCAGCCUUUCACCUGACCCCGCCGAUUUGGUUGAAAUUUCAACCAGCAAAGCUCAGUUUAUGUAGUGAGGCGAUUCCUAACUCCUCCCGAAGUCCUGUUUGAUGUCCAUUCCCACUUCACGGACCUGCAACAUUAUUAAUAUUGAAAGAAAUGAGUAGGAUUUAUAAUUGCAAUUGGCUGGAAGUGCCAUGGGGAGAUGGAGAUUUAGGUUCUUGGGCAGAUCGCUCACCUCUGCAUGAGGCAGCCAGCCAAGGACGUCUUCUUUCUCUAAGGACUUUAUUGUCACAGGGAUACAAUGUAGACACACUAACAAUUGACCAAGUAACUCCACUCCAUGAAGCCUGUCUGGGAGAUCAUGUAGGAUGUGCAAGAAUCCUCCUUGAAGCAGGAGCGAAUGUAAAUGCUACCACAAUUGAUGGAGUGACACCUUUAUUUAAUGCCUGUUCGAGAGGCAGUGCAGCAUGUGCCGAGCUCCUGUUACAGUACGGUGCCAAAGCUCAAUGGGAGUCCUGUCUGCCAUCACCAACACAUGAAGCAGCCAGCAGAGGUCACAGUGAAUGUCUGGAGGUACUGAUAUCCUGGGGUAUAGAUGUUGACCAAGAUCUUCCUCAUUUAGGAACACCUCUGUAUGUAGCUUGUGUUUCACAGCAGAUCCAUUGUAUUCGAAAGCUUCUUUAUGCAGGUGCCAAUGUGCAGAAAGGAAAGAAUUUGCAAACUCCACUCCAUGCUGCUGCCCAGCAUUCUAGUACAGAGAUUGUAAACUUACUCCUCGAAUUUGGGGCAGACAUAAAUGCCAAAAAUUCAGAUUUUGAGAGGCCUGUUGAUUUAGCUGCCCCAAGCAGUUUAGUGGAGAGACUGCUGCUCUUCCACGAAGCUACACCAUCUUCUCUUUGUCAGCUCUGCCGACUAUGUAUCCGAAAUUACAUAGGAAGAGCUAGACUGCAUCUUGUUCCACAGCUCCAGUUGCCAACAAUACUUAAGAAUUUCUUACAGUACAGAUAACAUAGUAAUUAACUGUUAGAAACUUAAAUAUAGCAAGUACAUUUUCUUCUCUCUGUUUAUUGUAUGUUUUAUCUAAAGAACUGCUGGGCGGAAAAAAAAAAGCCUUUUGCAUAUUGCUUAAAAAAUUGUAUCUUUGACACCUGGUGUUGGUAAUGUAAUAGUAAUUGGGAGCCAUUCAGCAACUAGUGCCAAGGUGCUAAUCCAGCUGAAUUAAAUAAGUGUGCUGAUACUCUGGGACAUGAUUGUAUAACUUUAUCUUAACCCUCAAUAGCUUUAGUGCUGUUAACUUUAAUUGUGUUUAUGUUUUUAAAAUCUGUUUGACACACUUGAACCACAAAGAGUUUCUUCAUUAUUAUUUGUUAAGUUUGUCCAUUUGUAUUUUUAAAUUUCUGUUGUUUGUGUACCUAAAAAUAUUUGGUGAUGGGUGCACUAUAUGCAUUGAUAAAAAUAAAACCAUUAGACUUUGAUUCUUUUUCUUUAUAUAAAAAAUUCAUUAAUCACAGUGAGGAGCUUCCUUUACUCUUCCUCACUGCCUGUGCUGUGAAUUGUAAUUAAACUGAUGUGAAUAAAAACUUAA